UACUUGGGAAAGUGUGGCCGCAUGCCUUCAAUGGGCAUUCAAUGUUUUCACCAGCUACCUUACCUAAACCCAUUAAUAAGUUUUAAAGCACUACCGUAUACAUAAUUCCCACAGCUAAGAAAGAAUUGAAGAAGAAGAAAAAUUAGGAGAAGAAAGAAUCAGGCAAGGAGGAUAUGGAGAAGGGUACUGAAAAGGGUAAUGGUGUCGGUGGUGGAGCUGCUGCUUCUAGGUCUCCAAUGGCUUUGAUGGGGUCGUCGAGAUAUGAAAAUGAAGAGGCAAAUACCGGCAUGCGAACUACCGAGACCAUGCUGCGUUUGGUGCCAAUGGCUUUAUGUGUUGCUGCACUUGUUGUCAUGCUCAAGAAUUCUCAGUCCAAUGAAUUUGGUUCUGUUUCCUACUCAGAUCUUGGAGCUUUCAGGUAUCUGGUGCAUGCAAAUGGCAUAUGUGCAGGCUAUUCCCUUCUUUCAGCUAUCAUUGCAGCCAUGCCUCGUCCUUCCACAAUGCCUCGAGCUUGGACACUCUUCCUCCUAGAUCAGAUUCUAACAUACAUAAUUUUGGCUGCCGGUGCUGUGUCAACGGAGGUGCUCUACCUGACAAACAAAGGAGAUGCAGCUGUCACCUGGAGUGCAGCUUGUGGGACAUUUGCCAGUUUCUGUCAUAAAGCCACAACAUCAGUAAUCAUCACAUUCGUUGUAGUAGCUUGCUAUGUGGUGCUGUCACUGAUCUCUUCUUACAGGCUUUUCAGCAAGUAUGAUGCACCUGUGAACUAGCCCAGCAAGACUAUUGAGACGACGGUCUUCAACGGGGACUAAACGGCUAGUUAUUGACUACGACUCUAAGGUUGCUCUCUCUUGAGUUCCUAGCACCAACCACUGGCCUUGGAACAAAUGGAUCAUAUUCAAUGAUAUUAAUGCGUUGAUGCAAGAAGUUGGAUUCCAUAGAUGAGACUGAGUGGUAGAUGGAGACAUAGCAUAGGAGUAUUGGACACUUUCCUUUUUAUUUGAGACUCAAUGUGUCACUGGCACUCUCUUAUGAAAAGAAAAUAUAAAUUUAAUAUG